AUGCCCGCCCACAUCUCUCCAGAGCCGUUCUCGGAAGAUAUUAUGGAAAAGGCAAGAAAAAUGAGAUCAACGAUACAGCUGCCAGCUUGCUUUGAUUCACCGUUUUUCCUUGCACGAUUCUUACGAGCUCAUGGAGGAGAUGAAGAGGUGGCCAGACAAAGAGUUGAGGAAUACCUCAGUCACAGGCAAGUUCUCGGUUACGCAGGAUGUAGCGACAUGGAGAUCUUCACAGAGUUCCCGAUUGGGAAGGCAACUUAUGAGCGGUUCCGUAUAUCACUGAUGAAUCGUUCGAUUCUUUCCGGCGACAAUCAUGUAUUCGUCCAGAAAAUGGAGGGAACCGAUCUGAAAGAGAUAAUGAAAGUGAUUCCACUGUCGUACGUGCUUCAUUCAUACUACAUGCUUCACGACAUAUUUGGACGUGCUGUUGCUGAGACCGAGAAGAGAAUCGGGCGCCCUUCUUCUGUGGUCACUAUUCUCGAUCUGAAAGGUAUGAAUGUAAGCGACUUUCUGAAUCCACUCUCAACUCAUGUACAACUUGCUCGCCUGGUCGUCAAAAUCUGGUCGGAGUACUUCUGUGAAAAUAUGAGCAAAAUCCUGAUCAUCAAUCCUCCCGGAAUCAUGUCCAUCAUGUUCAAAGUAAAUUUUUUUCGGUUUCAUACCUGUUUUAUCAAAUUACUCGUAAGCCUCCAAGAUAGUGAUGAUGGUGCGAUUCCCGUGGAGUACGGUGGAACAUGGCGUGAUGACUCGGGCUACUCCAAGCCACCAGAGGGAUGCACCCGUCCGCAUGUACCCGUUACAAGUGAUCAGUACAGAGGGGCCGAUGAUGUUUGGAGUGAUCAUGGAAUCAUCAAAAUACCACCGAGUAAGACGUACAACAUCAAAAGUCAUCAAUCUUGCGAAAUUGUUCGAAAGUGUACACAACCUGGUCGAUUGAUUUGGAAUUUCACCAUCAGCGGUGACGUCGAGUUUGAAAUUGUACGACGAGAGGCAGGAAAGGAAAUUAAAGUUUGGCCAAAGAUCACGUUGACAAGUUUGAAGCUACCCGAUUAUGGAAGUGUGACAGUGAUACCGGGCGAGUAUGUUCUUCGAUUCACUAAUCCGUCUUCAACGUGGUUCGCAGUUAAAGUCACGGGAGCGGCUGAAAUCAAAGCCGAAUAA